AUGAGUUCUAAUCAACCUCCAUUUCCUAAUAUAUAUCAUGUCAAACAAGUUGCAUCUACAGAUUCUAAAUCAUGUUCGAUUUGUUAUAAAUUAACUAGUACAGUGUUAUUAAAUGAUACCAAGAUUGAUUUUUUAUAUAUUUGUCCUGGUCAUUUAAAAGAUUCUAAUUUCAGUGAUCAUUUAGAAGAUCCUGAUUAUGAUAGUUUAACGAAAGAUAAACUGGAUAAGACUAAGAAAGUUGAGGAAUUGACGGUUCAAGCUGAAGCUAUUAAACCAUAUUUAAUAAAUCAAUUGAUUAGUGAUUAUUUACCCAAAAAGAAGAAAGAAGGUGAUGAUGGUGAUAAAAGUAAAGAUGGGGCCAGUGAUGAUAAAUAUAAAACCUUACAGAAUCAAAUUAAAGAAUUGAAUAAAGAAUUAGUUACAUUGAAUGAAAAGAUUAAUGAAUUUAAAUUUAAACGAUAUAAAUUGAAUAAUGAAAUUUAUAAAUUAAGAAUAUUAAAUUAUAAUAAAGCGUUAUAUAAUAAAAUUAGACAUAAAAAGAUUCAACUGGAUCCAUCAUUCUUUCCCACAGUUCCAAACAAUAAAAUUGAAUAA